CCAUUAUCCCAGCGCCAGUACAGUUUAAAACGUUUCAACCAGCGAGUUUGAGGCCAUCCCUUCCUUUCUCCUCAAUUCUCUUUCUCCCCGUGAGCUUUGACUUCUCGUGAGUAUCAAAGAGCGAGUGGAAUCACUGCAAGUUUGCUCACCUCAAUGGCAUCUUCUUCUUCUUCUUCUUCUUCUUCUUCCUCUUGGAGUAGUCCAGGAGCCAUGGCAGCAGCAGCAGCGAUCCUGGCACUGGCAAUGAGCUUCCUGGCACUAAAUCUUCCUGGAGUAACCGCUGCCUCGAGCAAGGUCCCGCGGCGCCUCCAGUUCUUCAUGCAAGACCGGCAGCUCAUCGCCAACAACACUGGCGUGGAGGUGGCGGCGGAGGGCGGCAAUCUCACGCGCUACGCCUUUGGGACCGUCUUCGUCAUCGACGAUCCCAUCACCGAGACCACUUCCAACACUUCCAAGGUUGUGGGAAGAGGGCAGGGGAUGUACUUGGUGGAGUCGCGAUCCAAUUUCCACUUGCUCGUCUCCUUCUCGGCGUAUCUGGAGAACCCACAAUACAAUGGGACGAUCGUCUUCCACGGCUCGUACAAGGCGCUCGAGCCCACCAGGGAGCUCCCAAUCAUCGCCGGCACUGGGGAUUUCCGGGGGAUCACGGGCUAUGCGAUCGUCAGCACGCCCGUGGAUCUGGGAUUGUACGUCGUGCUUAGCUUCGAUUGCUUCAUCUCCUUCCUCCGCUACGAAUAACGGCAUCCUCUUUGGAUCAUCAUCCUCAAAUAUUCUAUAAACUUGUUUGGAUUGGAGAGAUUGGAAUAUGCUUCGUCUCCAAGUA